CCAAAAGCCCAAAGAGGCGGCUUUAUGGACCGUUUGUUCCCUUUACUGUGAGAGAAAAUAAGAGGAUCUAUCGAAACCGUGCCACACAGUGUCUGCUGGCGAGUCCAACGACAACGGCGACGAACGGAGGAGAGGAGGACGCGCCUCUGCUGCCCAAGGAAGAGCUAAAAAGGGUAGUCGCAAUUUUGAGAGAGAUUUUGGAGGCACCAGUGAACGGAUCUUCUGAUCUCUACCCUCGAUUUCGGAGCUCUUGACGGUCGUUAUAGCUGUAUCAGAGAGACGGCCGAGGUGCAACACCCCAUCUUGAAGACUGGUGCCUCUUUUAUUCUGAUUUAUGACCAUAUGAAUUAAUCACUCUCCAGGACCACAAUUCAAGAUCAAGCUCAUUUCUUUUCAUUUUGCAUUUCCAAAUGGUUCGCAAACAAUUUUGGGACCUCAAAACAGGUCUUCCACUUGCUAAAGCCUUCAAUACAGAGAAGUUCUUGACGAAGAUAGGACUGGGUGAAGAUGAUCGCUACAUAUGGAAGCAAAUUGGUAAAGCUCUCCUUUGCACAUAUGCAAUAUUUGGUACUGCUUGGGUUUUAAAUGAAACCUCUCCGUUUGGUUGGUUUAAUCUAACGGUUAGACCAAAGGAAGAGAAAGAAAUGGCUCACUUAUAUGAGCGAAGAAAGUUCCCAUAUCCAGGGGAUGCUGAGGCUAUGGAGGAAUUUAUUGCUAAAGGAGGUAUGAUUGGAACAACAAUAGGCCCAAAGGGGUUGACUGAAAUGGACAAGGACUCUUAUAACUACCAGCAAGAUUUGCAAGACAAGAAAUUUGAACAAGAAGCUACGAAACUGUGGUUGAGGAUGCGAAAUGAAGUUAUUACGGAUCUUCAGGAGAAAGGCUACGACAUUGAAUAAACAAGGGGGGAGUAUUUGAAGUUUUUUACUGUUGGUUUAUAUAAAUAAAAUACAGAUGCAACAUUUGAUUUCAUAUUGAUGGUUGAUCUAGUUUGUUUUUACAUGAUGAACAAAUAAUAAAGAUAUAUAUUAGGCUUGGUUACUCAGAGCC